AUGGCUUCCAGCUUGGUCAUCGAUAAAGAUUUCGCUGUAGCUCUCCAGCCAUUUCUCUCCGGCCAACAGCACGUCGAAAAACCGAAGCUCUACGACGUAGAGUCAAGAAGGGCCCGCUAUGCGGCCAUCGGAGGAUCCGCCCCCCAAAUUCCCGACUCGGUGGCCUUUGAGAUCUUGACAAUCAGUCGGCCAGACGGAUCAAGUCUCAAGGUGCAUCACUUCAGGCAUCGUGAUCAGAAGGCGCCCGCUGCUGCUGUGAUUCAUUUUCACGGUGGAGGCUUCAUUUCCUGCACUCCCGACAUUAACACCGAUCGCCUUUCCUUGGUCGUCCGCGACACGGGUGUCCAGGCCUUUUCUGUCGACUACAGACUUGCUCCCGAGCACCCCUACCCAGCCGCUGUCGAUGAUGCAUGGACGGCGCUUAUCUGGGUGCGUGAGCAUGCGCAGACGCUCGGCAUUGAUCUGUCACGCCUUGCCGUAAUGGGCGAGAGCUCAGGAGGCGGCCUCGCUGCAGCCUUGACCAUCCGCGCACGUGAGAAUCAUCUCUCCCCGCCCAUUGCGCGCCAAGUGCUAGGUUCUCCUAUGCUGGACGACCGGACGCUGGGCGAUGUGCCAGGAGACUUCAAGCUAUGGGACAAGGACGACAACCUGACAGCGUGGACGGCGUACCUCGCAGGGCCGCCUGGAGGUCACAACGUGCCCGACACGGCGGCCCCAGCACGCGUACAGAGUGUGACGAGACUACCAUCUCUUUAUCUGGACACGAGUCAAUUUGACCUGUUCGUUGGCGAGAACCUCGACUAUGUGCGGAGGUUCAUCGAUGCAGGUAUCGAGGUUGAGUUGCACCUCAGCCCAGGUCUUCCACAUGGCUUUGAUGGCCUCUUACCGACCCAUCGGGUGAGCAUGCAGUACGAGGAACACAGAAAGAGAAUUCUCAAGGCCUUGUGA